AUGGGGUCUACUCUACUUUCCGCCUCCAAAAAGAUGGGAAAGAAAUCAAAAGCUUCCAAGCAUUCAUCUAAAAAAAGCAUCGACACUACCAAUGAGAAUGGCGAGGCUAACCAAGUCAAGUCAAAGAAGAGAAAGGCUGCGCUAGAUGCACCCGAGGACCAAAUGGAGAAGAAUGAACCAAAGGAAGCUCUGAUACCCGAAAAUGAGAAUAACAAAAAUCCAAAACCUAAGCUUCGGAAGUCUGUCACCUUUUCGGAGGAUACGAAGCAGGAGGAUGAAGCAGCUAUGGCUGAUUCUGAGCUUACCGUGGACCCUGAGGAUGAUCCUGACUCGCUUGCAAAUAGAAGAGCAGCUAAGAGGCGCAAAAGAGAGGAGCGCCGAAAGGAUCGUAAUACAGCUGUACAAGCGAAACCGGAGGAACCCAAAGUUUCUUCUGACCCAGUUUUGUCCUACCUUGAAACGUACUACAACUCCAGAAGUGAUUGGAAGUUCCAAAAGAAUCGAGACACAGCUAUAUUGAAGAAUUGCUUCUCUAUAGACCGUAUACCGCCCAGCUACGACUCUGCGCUGAGAGCUUACCUCUCUAGCUUGAAAGGGGAGGCAGCCAAAAAGCGCGUCGUCGAAACUGCCAAGGAAGCAAUAUCGAAUGAUGAUAAGAGCACAAGCGAUCCAACGACGGCGGACGUUGAGACUCAAAGAUCCAUAUACGAUGAUGCAGUCGAUGAAUUUAGGACUCGAUUGGAGCACCAAGAUAAGGGCCAAGUAGACGAUGUAGUACCAGCGGAACUUAGCUCGUCGUGGCAUAAAAGGCUAAGAACAAGGAGACGAGCUGAGUUGAUUCUCUAUCUCUUCUGUGACAGUCUUCCAAAGCCGCCUCCACCGAAGAAGGUUACGCGGAAAACCAGAACAGCUGUUGUUUCUGAUUCAAGCAGUAGCAGCGACAGCGACAGCACCAGUGAUAGCGGCAGUGAUAGUGAGAGUACCAGUGAUAGUGGAAGUGACAGUACUAGCGAUAGUGGGAGUGACAGCGAUAGCGAUAGUAGUGACUCUUCUGGCCCCCGUUCGGCUCAAAAGAGUACGGCAGUCAAGCGGAAAGACCAGAAGAGUGUGGGCAAAAACCCCGAGCCAGACUCGGAAGAGUCUGAAUCUAGUUCUGAGGUUUCUGAUAGCACAUCAUCAUCUGGGUCUGACUCCGAUUAA